UGUGCUCGACUAAUUUGGACUGAGGAAACCCGCAACAAGGCCAUGUGUUGAGUCGAGAAAAAGCGAUCACCCCGUAACGUUACUUUUAUCGAGAAUCAUUCCCCUUUGCUUGUAUCACUUUUUGGGCCGUUUUUCCACCCCAACUACAAUUCUAAGUGAAGACACAUGGACCACCUCUCUUCUUUCGGCAAUGACCCCUUUGAUAAGCCGCCUUGCAGAGGCUGCUCGUCUUACCUCACUGAGCCUUACAUCAAGUGUGCAGAAUGCGGACCUUCACCUUUCCUCCUCUGCCUCCAGUGUUUCACUCGAGGCUUCGAAUACAAGAAACAUCAGAGUGAUCACAAGUAUGAAAUCAUGACGUCAGACUUUCCCGUUUUGGAGCCCGGCUGGACUGCGCAGGAGGAGAUGGCUCUGCUUGAGGCUGUGAUGGAUUGUGGCUUUGGCAACUGGCAGGACGUGGCCUACCAGAUGCGCAGCAAAAGCAAGGAGGAGUGCGAGAGUCAUUACAUGAAGAAUUUCAUCAACAAUCCUCUCUUCUCCUCAACACUGCUCAGCCUGCGCAAGACCAAAGACGCUCGCUUUGCGGACAGCGCUAUUCCUUUUAAACCGACCGAAGAUCCACCUCGGCCCACGUUUGACUCUGCGCUGUCUAGGGACAUGGCGGGAUACAUGCCGGCCAGAGCUGACUUCAUGGAGGAGUUUGACAACUACGCCGAAUGGGAUUUGAAAGACAUUGACUUUGUGGACGAUGAUUCAGACAUCCUGCGUGCACUCAAACUGGCUGUGGUGGAUAUAUACCAUUCAAGAUUAAAGGAGCGACAACGCAGGAAAAAGAUUAUUCGUGAUCACGGACUCAUCAACAUGCGCAAAUUCCAGGUCCAAGAGCAUUGCUACCCCAAGGAGGUUCAGGACCUCUAUGACAUCAUGAGACGAUUCGCCAGAGUCACAGGACCUGUUGAACACGACAAAUUUAUCGAGAGUCACGCGUUGGAGUUUGAGCUGCGGCGGGAGAUCCGCAGGCUGCAGGAGUACCGCAGGGCCGGGAUCAAGUCUUCCUGCAGUGCCAAAGUAUACGAACGUGCAAAGCGAAUGCGCGAGGACGAGCGUCACAAGCGGACCAUGCUGUGCGACGUGCUGCAGUACAUCCAGGACGGUCGAGCGUGCCAGCAGUGGCUCAGCAAGCAGGCCGCCAUAGAUGCUGGCAUCACACCGGCUGUCACGACCAUCACAACAUCAGCAACAGGCAGGAGGAGCGCGCCUCCCCUCAACCUGACCGGGCUGCCUGGUACAGAGAAGCUCAACGAGCGAGAGAAAGAGCUGUGCCAGGUGGUGCGCCUGGUGCCCGGUGCGUAUCUGGAGUACAAGCAGGCCCUGCUGAACGAGUGUCGGCGUCAAGGCGGCCUGCGGCUAGCUCAGGCCCGAGCGCUCAUCAAGAUCGACGUCAACAAGACACGCAAGAUCUACGACUUUCUCAUCAAAGAGGGAUGCAUCACCAAGGCUUAGCGGCACGACGACGCACGCGCCUGUGCAGUUUGUCUCCUUUCCUGGUCUUACGCCGUCAUCGCAACAUACAUGUUACGAUGUGCACCAAGUGUCUUUUCAAGAGAUGGACUUCAACUGGGACACACUUUCUUUGUGGAUAGCAAAAGCCCUGAAACCACAGGACUGGUGUCAAGGGCCUGGGACAUUUUUGAGAGAUUUCGAGAAAAUUUUGCCAAUGGUAAAUUUUCAUGCCAAGGAUGAGCUGGGGAAUUUUUUAAAAGUAUUUUAAAUUGUAAACAUUCCAUUGAAUGGGAAUUUAUGGAAACAUAGAAGUAAACCAGUCAUUUACAAAAUUGAUGGUUGGCUCUCAAUAGGGGUGGAAAUUUAUGAGUAAAUUUCCAUGAAGUAUUUAAGGCAUGGAAUUUUGGAAAUGUUCCACAUCGGAAACUUUUAUGGUAAGUAAUAGGAAUACAUUGGAAUUAAUUCAUUAGGAAUUUACUAAAUUAAAAGUUGGGUAUAUCAGGGAUAGAAACUGGUAAAUUUCUGUACAUUUUCCUGUGAAUUUUCAUGAGGAAUAUUGAGGAAAGGAAUUUCCUAAAUAUUAAAAAUUGGAAGUGUUCCAUGUGAAUUCAUGGGAAUAAACCAGGAAUUGACCCAGUUUGGCUCUCAAUAGGGGGUGAAAAAUUCCGAGUGAAUUUCCAUUAAAUUUAAGGUGCAGAAUUUUGGAAAUGUUGCGAAUUAGAAACUUUGAUGAUGAUUAAUAGGAAUACUAUGAAAUUAAUUAGUGGUAAUUUACUGAAGGUUGGCUCUAAAAGCGGUGGAGGUUUUCAGUAAGUUUCCUGUGAAUUUCCAUGGGAAUUGUUGCAAAGGAAUUUUAAAGAUAUUAAAAAUUAGAA